AUGGACGACUACGACCAGAUGGGUGACGAUGAUUAUCAACAGUUGACCAGCUUGGAACUGGAAAAGGCGUUACAAAUGACAAAAGAACAUGUGAUUAAACAAAAUUUGAUGCUCGGCAUUGAAAAUGAUAUGGAUUUCGAUUUUGAUUUCGAUGAAGAUGAAGAUUUGGAUCAGCCACAAAUGGGAACACGAGCUGAUAAAUCAUUGGGUUUAUUAGCAAAACGCUUCAUCAAAAUGAUUCAAUAUUCACCGUACGGCAGGUGUGAUUUGAAUACGGCUGCGGAAGCAUUGAAUGUGCGGCAAAAACGACGAAUCUACGAUAUCACGAAUGUAUUGGAAGGAAUUGGAUUGAUUGAGAAGCGAAGCAAAAAUAUGAUUCAAUGGAAAGGCGGUGAUUUCAUGAUGAAUGUGAAAGACGGUAAGCGAGCAACAGCAACAAGUGAAGAAGAAGAGCGCAUGGAACAAUUGAAAAUGGAAAUUGAACAAUUGAAUAAAGAAGAGGAAACAUUAGAACAACAUCAGAGAUAUUUACAGCAAUCACUCAGAAAUAUGGUUGAAUCUGUUGACAAUAACAAACUGAGUUAUGUUCCUCGUUCUGAGUUAGCUGAAAUUUAUGGAACUGAUUUGACAAUUGGAAUUCAAUCACGGAUUGGUACACAAGUCAAAAUGAGUGAUCCAGAGGACAUUGAUAUGAACGGUGGUCCAUCGUGGUGUUAUCUGAAAGACGCUAGUGGUCCGUUACGUGCUGCUAUUGUUUCGAAUCACGAAUUACACGAUUUUGUUCAACGAGAAAAGGCGAAACAGCCAGGAGAAGAACAUGUUGAUGAGGAUGAUUCAAUGAGUGAAAUGCAACAAUCCACGUCAUCUGGAUCAGGACUGUUUCAACCGAAACGACGGACUCUUGCCGAUGAAAUUUAUGAUGAUAUGGGAAUCAUGGAUGGUGAUAGUCAUAAUAGAACAAACAUGCCAUCAUUGAAACAUUUGAAUCCACCACCAUCAAGCGAAGACUAUAUUUAUACAUCAAUCGGUGACGAAUAUCGAGGCGAUUCGAUUAUCGACUUGUUCGGAGACUAA